GCAGUUACUGAAAGACCCCCAGGUGUUAUUCGCAGGGUACAAGGUCCCACACCCGCUGGAACACAAAAUUAUCAUCCGGGUCCAAACCACCCCCGAUUACAGCCCCCAGGAAGCUUUCACCAACGCCAUCACAGAUCUGAUCAGCGAGCUCUCCCUCCUGGAGGAGAGGUUCAGAGUUGCUAUUAAAGACAAACAAGAAGGAAUCGAGUAAAAUCACCCCCUUCAGAGCGGACUGUACUUCUGAGGCAGAAUGAUGUGUGUGGCGGCUGAAUGCUAUAUUUAAACCUCCAUUCAUGGCAAAUAUUUUCCUCCUUGUCCCACUGCUGUUUAAUUUUUGACAGCAGUGGUGAUAUUUUGAGGGAUAUUUGAGACAGGCGCUUUGCCAAGAGGAUAAAUGUCUUGUUUGAUGUGAUGGAUAAGUCAUUAAAAUGAUUUCUACUUUUCUAAUUGGAGCCUUAAGGCAAAUAUUUGUACUGGGCUGUUGAUGAGUUUAUUGCGAGUGUACUUUCAGAAUGAGAAGCUGCCGCGUGACAGCGGUGGAUGAACUGUCUGCUUUUCCUUUUCAAGAAGUCUAGGCACUGCCAACUGAACUGGUAUUUUGUUUUAUUAAGUGUCAUUUCUAUAAAACAAAUGCACAAAUUGUGAAAACUUACAGUAAAAGAAACCGGAUGUUUACAAUGACUUGAUGAGUUUAACAAA